AUGAAGUUCGCCAGAACGCUGGAGGAGGAUCAGCAGCCGGAGCUGUAUGCCCUGUACAAACAGCUGAAGAAGUCGCUGCGAAUCCUGGACAAUCCCGCUGAUGCGGGCAGCACAGUGGAGCCGCCGCAGCUGCCCUCCUCCUCAUCCGACGACGAGAUGGCGGGGGACGGCGGCUGGGACGCCGCCGCGGAGCCGCCGCCCGCCGCCGCCGCCGCCGCCGGCGAGGCAGCCCAGGCGCAGGCGCAGCCGGCGGCGGCGCAGGCAGGCGAGCAGCACGGCGGCCAGCAGCCGGGGCAGCAGCCGGGUGCGGGGCAGCAGCAGCAGCAGCAGGAGGAGGAGGGGGAGCGUGAGCCGGGGGUGGAGCGGCCUGACCCCGAGCAGGAGGCGCGCUUUGUGGCGCUGGUGGAGCAGUGCGUGCAGCAGCUGAACGAGGACUACCUGAGCAAGGAGGAGCUGCUGAUCAUCAAGGCUGACCUGGCGCAGUCGGCGGCCGCCGCCGCCGCCAGCCGAGAGGAGCUGCUGGCUGCCUACGGCUCCGUGGUCAACGUGCACGGCGAGCUGGUGCUGCUGUGCCACUGGUCCAUGAUGGCCUACACAGGCAUCGUCAAGGAGGUGCGCGACCUGGUGAGGGCUGCCGAGCAGCAGAUUGCAGCGCUGGGCGCACGGCUGGGCCUGGCCCCCGCCCUGGCCCCCACCGCCGGCACCGCCGCCGCGGCCGCCGUGCGCGACCCCGCCUCCGAGCAGCAGCCCCUGGGCGGGCUGCUGGACUGCGGCGCCGCGCCGACGCCGCCGACGCCCGCGGACGCGGAUGACCCGCAGCAGCAGCAUGUGCAGCAGCAGCAGCAGCAGCAGCAGCAGGAGGCAGUGGAGGUGGUGGCGGCCUCGGGGCGGUCGCUGCUGAAGCGGGACCGCAGCAAGACGUACACGCCGGGCAGGCCGCGCACCAGCAAGCGGCACGAGCCGCUGGCAGGCGCCGAGGGCGGCCAGCACACCACACCACAGAGCAGCGGCAGCAGCAUGCAGGCAUCCCAGGGGGCAGCAGGUGGAGGAGGAGGCUCCGCCCACCAGCAGCAGCGCGGCGCCAGCGGCAGCGGCACGCCCGCCGGCGACUCGCCCGCGGCAGGCGGCCCCGGCGACGCCGCCGGCGGCGCCCCGCGCCGUGCCUCCAUCAUGCAGCGCACCAGGGCGGCGCUGCAGCUGUGGAAGUCGCUUCGGUCUAACGCCGCCACGCCCUCCACAGUGGUUGGCCAGCCCAAGCCCCCGCAGCUCUGA